AGCAAAAGAAAUACGCAAAAAAGAGUAGAAGCAAAAAGAAAAAAACAAAACGGACAGGUGUGCAAAAGAAUCAAAUGAAUCAACAACAACAACAACAACAGCAACAACAACCACUAGCUAAACCACCUAUUCUACUUAUAAAGAGCAACAACUAAGCAGCAAACAAUAAAUAUUCGAACAACAAGUACAACAGCAAUACAACAACAAAAGCAACUGCAACAGUAAACAUGUCGGAAAACAGCGACAACAAUGGCGACCAGCAAAGCCAAGGCCAGGGGGCGGAGGGCGAGGCCAUGGGCGAAAACAAAAUGAAGUCCCGUCUCCGUAAAGGAGCCCUCAAGAAGAAAAACGUCUUUAAUGUGAAAGAUCAUUGCUUCAUUGCGCGCUUCUUCAAGCAGCCCACAUUCUGUUCCCACUGCAAGGACUUUAUCUGCGGCUAUCAGUCGGGAUAUGCAUGGAUGGGCUUUGGCAAACAGGGAUUCCAGUGUCAAGUCUGCUCGUAUGUGGUGCACAAGCGUUGCCAUGAAUAUGUCACCUUCAUCUGCCCCGGCAAGGAUAAAGGCAUUGAUUCCGCACACCAGAUGCCACACAAAUGGCAUAACGUUGCCUUCCUGUCGCCGAUGUUUUGCGAUCAUUGCGGCUCGCUGUUACACGGCAUCACGCACAAGGGUCUCAAGUGUCGAGCAUGCGAUAUGAACGUCCACGCCCGCUGCAAGGAGAACGUGCCCAGCCUGUGCGGCUGCGAUCAUACGGAGCGACGUGGCCGCAUCUAUCUCGAGAUAAAUGUCAAAGAGAAUCUCCUCACAGUGCACAUCAAGGAGGGUCGCAAUCUCAUACCCAUGGAUCCCAACGGCCUCAGCGAUCCGUAUGUGAAGGUGAAGCUGAUACCAGAUGACAAGGAUCAAUCCAAGAAGAAGACGCGCACGAUCAAGGCGUGUCUGAAUCCCGUGUGGAAUGAGACGCUUAGCUAUGAUCUGAAGCCCGAGGAUAAGGAUCGACGCAUUUUGAUCGAGGUCUGGGAUUGGGAUCGCACUUCCCGUAAUGAUUUUAUGGGCGCCUUGUCCUUUGGCAUUUCGGAGAUCAUCAAGAAUCCCACCAAUGGCUGGUUCAAGCUGCUCACCCAGGACGAGGGCGAGUACUAUAAUGUGCCCUGUGCGGACGAUCAGCAGGACCUGCUCAAGCUCAAGCAGAAGCCGUCGCAGCGCAAGCAGCCAAUGAUGCGCUGCGACACACACACACAAUCACAGUCCAAAAAGGACAUGAUAAGGGCGACAGACUUCAAUUUCAUCAAAGUGCUGGGCAAGGGAUCUUUUGGCAAGGUGCUGUUGGCGGAGCGCAAGGGCAGCGAGGAGCUGUAUGCGAUUAAGAUACUCAAAAAGGAUGUGAUCAUACAGGACGACGAUGUCGAAUGCACCAUGAUUGAGAAGCGUGUACUGGCGCUGGGCGAGAAGCCGCCGUUUCUUGUCCAGCUGCAUUCAUGCUUUCAGACGAUGGAUCGUCUGUUCUUUGUCAUGGAGUAUGUGAACGGCGGCGAUUUAAUGUUCCAAAUUCAACAAUUUGGCAAGUUCAAGGAGCCCGUUGCCGUCUUCUACGCUGCAGAAAUAGCGGCUGGACUUUUCUUUUUGCAUAGCAAGGGCAUUUUGUAUCGGGAUCUGAAGCUGGACAACGUGCUCCUAGAUGCGGAUGGACACGUGAAGAUCGCCGACUUCGGCAUGUGCAAAGAGAACAUCGUGGGAGACAAGACGACCAAGACCUUUUGCGGCACACCAGACUACAUAGCGCCAGAGAUCAUUCUCUAUCAGCCGUAUGGCAAGUCUGUGGAUUGGUGGGCCUAUGGCGUGCUGCUCUAUGAGAUGCUGGUGGGUCAGCCGCCCUUCGAUGGCGAGGACGAGGAGGAGCUCUUCGCGGCCAUUACCGAUCACAAUGUGUCCUAUCCCAAGAGUCUCAGCAAAGAGGCCAAAGAGGCGUGCAAGGGCUUUUUGACCAAGCAGCCCAGCAAACGUUUGGGCUGUGGCGCCACUGGCGAGGAGGAUGUGCGUUUGCAUCCCUUUUUCAGACGCAUCGACUGGGAAAAGAUCGAGAAUCGCGAGGUGCAGCCGCCGUUCAAGCCAAAAAUUAAACAUCGCAAGGAUGUGUCCAAUUUCGAUAAGCAAUUCACAUCAGAGAAAACAGACUUGACGCCCACGGACAAAGUGUUCAUGAUGAACCUGGAUCAAUCGGAAUUUGUGGGCUUCUCCUAUGUGAAUCCCGAAUAUGUUGUCAGCCCAUAAGCAGAUGCAGAUCCAGAUGCAGAUACAGAUGCAGACAUCGGGAACAGGCAACCGGAAACAGGAAACGGAACCAGCGAGUUGUGUCGUCAGUUGAUAUUAAUUCUUGAUGGAAGCAGAAAGGAAAAGGAAAAUGAAAAGACACCAUCAUAGUUACUUUCCGUUGUUAUUAUGUCAUAUCGUAAAUUGUUAACUAUGCUAAGCGUAAGCAAUAUUUUGUUGAUUUUUGUUGUUCUUAUUUAUUGCUCAUUUAAAUCUUUAACUAAUUGUUAGGCACUCAUGCACGUACACUAAGCUUUACUAUGCUCGCGGCAUUUUCAUUUAGUUUUUAACAUCAAAUUCAAUCAUUGUUAAGCAUUUGCUACUCAUCAAAAUAUCAAGCCAAAAAAAAAAAAAAA